UGUCUGUACUCCGGGAGGUGUCUGAGUGUCACAGUUCUGCCGCAACCGUACGACUGAGUGGAGGUGUUGGCGCCGUAACUGUACUUCGAUACUUUUCCCAAUACUUAACCGUUUUUCAAUCCCUAUGGGUUUUACCGGAUAAAGAAACAAUAUUGAUAGCGCUGGGGUGAUAAAAUUGGGACUGUUGGUACCGGCCUUGGCGGAGUGUUGUUUCCGCAUGAUAUGACACAAUCCCGUGAGGUGUUGGCUAUGAUGGACGCGCACACCACGACAUUUGGUCGUAAACGUGGCUGCACAAUCUCAAGAUGCGGUGCAUUUUUAUUGGGUUCACUAUUCCUUCUCGGGAUAGUGGCCACUGGACUACUCGUUUAUCAUUUUGCACCGUGUCUUGAUGGUAGAGCAGGAAGGAGUAUGAAUGGGUUUGAGGGCAGUGCACUGCUCAAAUCGGCACACUCAUUCGCAACAGCUGGGACCAAUAAAAACAGAAUUGAUGUCAGAUUACCAAGAUCAGUUGUGCCUGAUUCCUACGAUAUAAAAUUGAUGCCAUUCAUUUGGGAGGGGAAUUUUACCUUCAAUGGAGAGGUGACGAUACGUGUAAACGUCACGAAAGACACGAAGAACAUAACUCUCCACGCAGUGGACAUGAAGAUCCUCCAAAAGGAGACAACCCUGAAGGAAGUCUACGCGAACAGUACCAUAACAAAAUGGUUCAAGAUAUUGGACCAGACGAAUGACACUGCCCGAGAAUUCUACAUCCUGAAAACCGGUGAAUUCCUCAAAGCGGGUAAACAAUACGUGAUAGGCUUGAAAUUUAUCGGCUAUCUCAACGAUUACCUCCAAGGAUUCUACCGCAGUUCCUACACAGUCGGCAAUCAAACGAGAUGGAUAGCGACGACGCAGUUUCAAGCGACUGAUGCACGACGCGCCUUUCCUUGCUUCGAUGAGCCAGCACUCAAGGCCAAAUUUCAAAUCAGCAUUGCUAGACCAACUAAUAUGACGUCUAUAUCUAAUAUGCCGCGACGGGGUGAAUCAGAACCAGCCAAGGAAAUGCCAACGUACGUUUGGGACCACUACGAGCGCUCUGUUCCGAUGUCAACUUAUCUCGUUGCAUUCAUCGUUUCCGACUUCGAUGUACUCAAGUCUUCAACCAGUAAUUUCGGUGUUUGGGCGCGUCAAGAAGCUAUUAACCAGUCUCACUACAGCCUAGACAUUGGUCCAAGAAUUCUUAAAUAUUACGAGGAUUACUUUCAGAUUAAGUUUCCACUGCCGAAGAUCGACAUGGUGGCACUGCCCGACUUUUCCGCUGGUGCUAUGGAGAAUUGGGGAUUAAUAACUUAUCGAGAAACAGCAAUGCUCUUUCAAGAGGGUGUCUCAACAAAAAGUAGCCAGCAGCGUGUUGCCACUGUUGUUGCUCAUGAAUUAGCGCAUCAGUGGUUCGGUAAUUUGGUAACACCAAGUUGGUGGACUGAUCUGUGGUUAAACGAGGGUUUCGCAAGUUAUGUUGAGUACAUUGGUAUGGACUCGGUGGAACCUGAAUGGAAAGUCCUUGAGCAGUUCAUCAUUCAUGAAUUGCAGAAUGUUUUCACUCUCGAUGCUCUCGCCUCGUCGCAUCCUAUUUCCAUUGAAGUGGGACAUCCUGAUGAAAUCGGUGAAAUCUUCGACAGAAUUUCCUAUGGAAAGGGUGCAUCGAUUAUCCGAAUGAUGGAUCAUUUUCUAACGACUAAAGUAUUCAAGCAAGGAUUGACGAAUUAUCUGAACGCCAAAGCGUAUCAAAGUGCUGAGCAGAAUGAUCUCUGGCAGGCAUUAACAAAACAAGCGCACACAGACAAAGUUCUACCGAGUGAUGUUUCGAUAAAGCAGAUUAUGGAUACGUGGACGCUCCAAACUGGUUUCCCAGUGGUUACGAUAAUCAGGAAUUAUAAAACCGGUGGAGCUCUGCUUUCGCAAGAUCGUUUUAUGAUUCAGAAUAACACAGCAGACGUCCCUGGAUUCGACGCCGUGUGGUGGGUACCAAUAACUUACACAACGGAAGCGUUAAAAAAUUUUGAUAAAACUCAGCCGUCCCAUUGGAUGAGAGCUGAGAAAUCUCUGACUCUUGAUGAUCUUGGGGCAGCUUCCAAUCAGUGGGUAAUCUUCAAUAUUCAGGAGACCGGGUAUUACAGAGUCAAUUACGACAAAACUAAUUGGCAAAUGAUUAUAAAGCAAUUGAAUAAUGAAAACUUCAAAGAUAUUCCGACGAUAAAUCGAGGACAACUGGUUGAUGACGCCUUGAACUUGGCCCGUGCUGGUAGAUUGGAUUACACAACGGCCUUGGACGUGACUUCAUACCUCGCCCACGAGACCGAAUAUAUUCCCUGGAAGUCCGCAUUAACGGCUAUGGGCUACUUGGAUAAUAUACUCACCAAGUACCAAGGAUAUGAUCGCUUUAGGGUUUACGUUCUGAAAAUUCUUGACAAUGUUUACCGAGAAAUAGGAUUCAAAGAUAGUCCCGGUGAUCCUCAACUCACUGUAUUCACACGUAUCGAUGUUCUCACUUGGGCAUGCACAUUUGGUCAUGAUGACUGUGUUAGAAAUGCCGUUGUACAAUUCCAGAGCUGGCGUAAUUCACCGAGCCCAGACAGGGACAAUCCCAUCUCACCAAACUUGAAGAGCGUUGUUUACUGCACAGCUAUUCGCACGGGAGGACAGGCAGAAUGGGAUUUCGCAUGGGAGAGAUAUCUUAAGACAAAUGUUGGCUCUGAGAAGGAUCUCCUGUUAUAUGCACUUGGUUGUACGAGAGAACCUUGGAUCUUGAGUCGUUAUCUCGAAUGGGCAACAACUGAGAACAGCGGAAUUAGGAAACAAGACACUCCACGUGUUUUUGGUGCUGUUGCCAAUAAUCCUAUUGGUCAACCGCUUGUUUUUAGUUUCUUACGGAAUUAUUGGUCGAAACUCAGAAAAUACACGGGCGCUUCUCUUUUGGCUAUUAAUAGCAUUGUCAAAGCGGCGACCAAGAAAAUCAGUACGAAAUAUGAACUUAAAGACUUGCUGGAGUUUGCACAAGAACAUAGUGAGGAAUUGGGAAGUGCAACACGAGCUGUUCAACAGUCAGUUGAACACGCCGAAGCCAACAUUCGGUGGUUGGAUCGUAAUUACAAAACAAUUAAAGACUGGCUCCUGAGAAAUACAGCGUGAAUGAAUGUGGUAACAAAUAAAAUUGAAUUGAGCCAUUGAAUUUUUAUCAAAAGAAGGGAUGAAGUCUAGCAUAUCUUGUUGACUCGACCUUUGAUAUGUUUUAAUGAGAAGUCACAGACAAACUGGUGUCUAAUGCUCGUGAAAGAUCAAACUGAAUGUUUUUCCUUUUGUAUCUACCUGUAAAUAUCAUGUUAAGAGCAUUCUAAAUGUAAGUAUUUAAAUUGUUGUCAGAGUGGGUUUAUAUCCCUGACUUGUUCGAGUACGAAUUGUAAGUUUUCAAUCUUAGUGUUUUUAAAAUCAAUCUAAUUUUUGAAAAAUAUUUGUGAAUCUCAUAUUGAUAAUGUCACUCAAAAUACCGCACAAAGUCGGAUUUUUACAAACUGAUAUCUUUAUUGCCAUUAAUAUUCCUCUGUUCCACAGAUUUUACAACAUCGAACAUUUAGUGAAGUCAUUUCUUAAGUCAAAACUAUUUUAAUCCAUAUAAUACUCUUUUAUUGCAUUGAAAAACCGAAGAAAUGUUAUUCCAUAUAUUUUUUUCAUACAACAAUAUCCUAAGAGAUGUUGAUCUUCCAGUAAUAAA